AUGAGUUCCGUUCGUUCCGUGUAUCUGCUUUCCACCAAUCCUCUCAAACUGCCCGAAUAUAGUCGUAAUUUUGAUCGUUACGGAGUGAGAGUGGUGUUGCUUGAUCCGAAGGAAUACUCGGAUGAUGAGAGAAAAUUGGAAUUUUUGCAACAACAUGCUCCACAGGCUAUUUGUUUCAUUGCGGAUCAGAUGGAUUUGUGGAAGAGAGGACAGAGUGGAGAGAGAGCUAAAUUGGAACAUUUGGAGUUGGUUGAGAGUUGUACUGAACUCACUGUUUGGCAACUCAAUAAGGAGAAGGAUGCGAUUGUGAAGAAGAUUUACAAGAAUACUCAAUUGGGUUUUAUUGAUCUAUCGAGAAAAAAGCCUAACCUGUUGAGAAACAGUGUGUUUGGAUGGGAUGAUGUCUUUAUCAAUAUUUCGACAGGUUUGAGUAAUUUGGAACAGAUCGAGAGCUCGGGAUCAAAGAUUUCUUCGAGAGAUAUGGCCAUUUCAGAGUUUAUUCGUGAUCGAUUUUACUACUCCAAGAGAAGAGAUCUUCAGUUUACUCCUCAACACGCAGAAAAAACCAUUGACUUUAAAAAGAGUGUUCUCCACUACUUUGAAACACACAAUCUCUACAAUAAUGAAAGCACUGCCAAGUACAAGAUUACCAAUAUUUGGAAGACAGUAGCCAAUGAAGGUAUUGUUCUCAAGUCUGCCAUCAACAGAAGACAAUACAAUUACUUUUCCACAUUGUUAAAUCCUGCUUUACCUCUCGUCAGCAAGAAAGAUCCAAUUCAUGAGACAACCUUCCAAGUUCAUGACUGUGGCCAUUUUCUCAUUCUAGAAUUGGUAUAUACUGGAUAUGAAAGAACUGAACUCCACAAGUUAGUGUAUAUUACAUUCAGAAUGAUCAGUGAAGCUGUGACCAUGAUGAUGGCAGAUAUAUUAUUCAUUCAUGCUUUGAAGAAGCAAGGAAUUGAAUAUGACUUUGAUUCUCGAAAAAUUUAUCCUCUCUAUUCUUCCUCUAAUCUUGACUUUGACAGGGAUGGAAUUGUACCCACACUUGAAAAAUUGGUACGAGCCAAUGUGGACUAUGCUCUCAAAGGAGACGAUACCAAGUUUAAAAGUAUUGCCUCAGAAUCUGCCUUAAAGACAUUCAAGGAUAAAUUUGGACCAUUCUUUGUGGAAGACUACAAGUGGAAUACCAACAACUAUCUCAACAUGGAAACUCGAAAAGAAGAAAUUCGUAAAUGGUGGGACAGCGUUGAGCAUGUGAGAGGUUACAUUCCAGACAUUAGAUUCCUCACCAUUGACGAAUUCAUUUCUCGUAUGGAAAAGUAUCACACCAAAGAUUUAUCCAUGUUAGACAAUGAGUGUAUUGUUGAUUUGGUGUUUGAAACUGUGUGGAAUGAAAUUGUUAAACCUGUUUUUGAAAAAGAUGAUGUUCCACUUUUGCCAGAAUGUACAAGAAAUUACAACGCAUUUGUGAGAUACAUGAUGGGACAAAUGGCUAUCUUUUCAGCCUUCAAUAUUCCAGAGAAAACCAUUUAUCAAGAUGGACUACUUAAAUUCUUGAAGGAAAAAUCCAAAACCAAAUCCAUCACCAUUAACGAAGUCGAGAAUGCAGUCUCUUUCUAUUCUGCAUUUGUAGAUUUAUUGGCACAAAAGAAUUUAAUUACAUAUGAUGAUGCCUUUACUUACAAGGAAAUUUAUCCAAUGUUUGAACCAUGUUAUGUAUUCUAUGAUGAGAACAAGAGCUAUUAUGACAGCAUUGCCAAUAUUUACAAGAAACAAUUUCAUAUUCCACAUAGAAUUAUUAUUUUAGGAAAACCUGGAAGUGGUAAAGGAACCCAGUCUCAAAUGAUUGCAGAGAAAUAUGGAUUGAUUCACAUCUCUACUGGAGAUUUGGUAAGAGCUGAAGUCAAAGCACAAACUGAAUUGGGAAAGAAAUGUGAUGCAAUUAUGAACACUGGAAAAUUGUUGCCUGAUGAACUAAUUAAUCCAAUUUUCCUGAAGAGAAUUUUACAAAAAGAUUGCAGAGAAAAGGGCUGGAUUUUGGACGGAUAUCCUCGAACUGAUUCCAAUUUGCAAUUUGUGAGGGAUAAUCGACUGGCUGUCACAUGUGUACUCUGCAUAGAUAUAAAUGAUGAACUUGCCAUUGAAAGACAAUGUGGACGUCUUGUGGAUCCACAGAGUGGGCAAAUUUAUCAUGCUUCCCUUCUUCCACCUCCAGAAGAUGUUAAGGAGAGACUGACCAAACGAGCCACCGAUAAUGAAGAAAAGGCCAAAAUUCGAGUGAAGGUUUAUCAUGAAGAAAUGGACAAGAGUAACAAGUGGUUCCCAGAAGAAAUUACUUUCCACAUUGACGGUUCAUUGCCUCCCGAAGAGGUUUUCAAACAAAUUCAAACGAUUCUCAAGUAA